CGACCCGCCCCGGCCCGAGCCCCCGCGCCGCUCGCCGGCGUGCCCGGCCCCCGCCCGGCGGCGUUCCGUGGUGAUGAAUCGAAUUUGUAGCCGAUAUCCGAUUCCCAUGUAGUCUCCGCCUCCUCCCGCCGCCGCCCGCCUCCCGCCGCCGCCACCGCCGCCGCCUCCCGCUCCAGCUCCGCGGCCCGGCCCGGCCGGCUCCCUCCCUCCUCCCUGCAGCCUUCCGCCUGCCCGCCGCGGCCGCCGGCUCCAGGGGCCCGAGGCUCUGCGGGGUGGGGGGAGGACAGGAGGGGAGGAGGAGGGAGGGGGACCCCCGAGUCGCCCCCUCUCCUCCCCCCGCCCCCCGGCUCCAUCCUCCGCCGCCGCCCAGCAGCUGCGGGCCGCCGCCGCCUCUGCAGGCUGAGUCAUCACUAGAGAGUGGGAAGGGCAGCGGCAGCAGAGGAUCCAAACCCCAAAGCUGAUACCACAAAGUACUGUUUCUCCAAGUCGGGGGCUCAGAGGGGAGCCAUCAUGAGCGAUGUUACCAUUGUGAAAGAAGGCUGGGUUCAGAAGAGGGGAGAAUAUAUAAAAAACUGGAGGCCAAGAUAUUUCCUUUUGAAGACAGAUGGCUCGUUCAUAGGAUAUAAAGAGAAACCCCAAGAUGUGGAUUUACCUUAUCCGCUCAACAACUUCUCAGUGGCAAAAUGCCAGUUAAUGAAAACAGAACGACCAAAGCCAAACACGUUUAUCAUCAGAUGUCUCCAGUGGACCACUGUUAUAGAGAGAACAUUUCAUGUAGAUACUCCAGAGGAAAGGGAAGAAUGGACAGAAGCUAUCCAGGCCGUAGCAGACAGACUUCAGAGGCAAGAAGAGGAGAGAAUGAAUUGUAGUCCAACUUCACAAAUUGACAAUAUAGGGGAGGAAGAGAUGGAUGCUUCUACAACCCAUCAUAAAAGAAAGACAAUGAAUGAUUUUGACUAUUUGAAACUACUAGGUAAAGGAACUUUUGGGAAAGUUAUUUUGGUUCGAGAGAAGGCAAGUGGGAAAUAUUAUGCUAUGAAGAUUCUGAAGAAAGAAGUUAUUAUUGCAAAGGAUGAAGUGGCACACACUCUAACUGAAAGCAGAGUGUUAAAGAACACUAGACAUCCCUUUCUAACAUCCUUGAAAUAUUCCUUCCAGACAAAAGACCGUUUGUGUUUUGUGAUGGAAUAUGUUAAUGGGGGAGAGCUGUUUUUCCAUUUGUCGAGAGAGCGGGUGUUCUCUGAGGACCGCACACGUUUCUAUGGUGCAGAGAUCGUCUCUGCCCUGGACUAUCUACAUUCCGGGAAGAUCGUGUAUCGUGAUCUCAAGUUGGAGAAUUUGAUGCUGGAUAAAGAUGGCCACAUAAAAAUUACAGAUUUUGGACUUUGCAAAGAAGGGAUCACAGAUGCAGCCACCAUGAAGACGUUCUGUGGUACACCAGAAUAUCUGGCACCAGAGGUGUUAGAAGAUAAUGACUAUGGCCGAGCCGUGGACUGGUGGGGCCUAGGGGUUGUCAUGUAUGAAAUGAUGUGUGGGAGGUUACCUUUCUACAACCAGGAUCAUGAGAAACUUUUUGAACUAAUACUAAUGGAAGACAUUAAAUUUCCUCGAACACUCUCUUCAGAUGCAAAAUCAUUGCUUUCAGGGCUCUUGAUAAAGGAUCCAAAUAAACGCCUUGGUGGGGGACCAGAUGAUGCAAAAGAAAUUAUGAGACACAGUUUCUUUUCUGGAGUAAACUGGCAAGAUGUAUAUGAUAAAAAGCAUAAUACCCUCAAGGUCCAUCCAUGUUGUCACAAAUGGCCAGAUUUCAUCGUUUUUUAUGACGGACUUGUACCUCCUUUUAAGCCUCAAGUAACAUCUGAGACAGAUACCAGAUAUUUUGAUGAAGAAUUUACAGCUCAGACUAUUACAAUAACACCACCUGAAAAAUAUGAUGAGGACGGUAUGGACUGCAUGGACAAUGAGAGGCGGCCGCACUUCCCUCAGUUUUCCUACUCUGCAAGUGGACGAGAAUAAGUCUCCUUUGUUCUGCUACUUCACUGUCAUCUUAGAUUUGUUACUGAAAACGAUUCCUGGACAUCACUCCAGUCCUAGCUCUUACGAGUAGCAGGAGCACCUUCAGACAUCCCUGGCCGAUGCCAGGUCUUCGCCCCUCACCACCUUCCACCCACACGAGAACACACAUAUGCGCACACACUCGCCCUUUUGUUUUUGCAUGAAGUUGUAUCUAAGUCUAAGGUCUCAUGCUGCUGCUGCUACUGUCUUACUGUUAUAGCAACUUUAAGAGGUGACCGUACAAUCUUUGGAAGUCAUGAGCCCACCAUCGUUCAUUUGUGCACCAAUUGUCAUCUUUUGAUCUUUUAGUUUUUGUUUUUCCCUAACAGUGAAGGCUAAAUGAGAUACACUGAUUCUAGGUACAUUUUUUAACUUUAUAGAAGAUAAAUCACAAACUAAUUAGACUAAGAAGAUUUAGUUUAUAAUUCAGAACAAGCGAUUGUGGGAGGGUGGUGAUGUGCAUAUGCAGAAUUGUAGUGAAGCAUGUCAGGUCAGUGUGUGAAGAGAGUGUGUCACUAGGAUCUGGCUGGAGUUCAUUAGGAAGCAUUUGAGAGAAGGACGGAACAACUGUGGGGCUAGAUAUGUAUACACAUAUACAUUUAAAUUCCUGUUGGAACUGCAGGGGCAGCCCGUACUACACGUGGACGUCCAGAUUGCGGGGGCAGUCGUGGGCAAUGAACACUGUUCUACUGAGGAAGGGAGCAGCAUAUGCACAGUAGGUCAGGGUCACUUCAAGGGUCUAGGAUAUGAUUUGCACCAGAGAGCAUUUUUUCCCUGUGCUUGGAAACCUUUUUCCCUUCUUGAUAUUUAUCACCUCUGAUGGCUAAAGAAUGUAGACAGGUAUAAUGAUCCUGCUUUUCACCAAAAUUUGUACACCAAGGUAAACAGGUGUUUGCCUUAUUUGUUUUAAUUUUUUACUUUCAGUUCUGCGUGAAUUAGCUUUUUCUCAGAUGUUAAAACUUUGAAUGUCCUUUUAUGAUUUUGUUUAUAUUGCAGUAGUAUUUAUUUUUUAGUGAUGAGAAUUGUAUGUCAUGUUAGCAAAUGCAGCUCCAACUUACAUAAAAUAGACUUACUGCAGUUUAUUUUGACCCAUGUGCAAGGAAUGUACACGCCGAUGAGAAUCAUGCACUUUUUCUCCUAUGUAAAAACAUGUUGAUGAGGCUCUGAAAUUGUCUGUAUUGGUGAGAAUUGGGCUUUGGGAGAAGAGAUGCUGUCAUUUAACCCCUUGGUCCUAAAGAUGAGAAAACCCCCAACUAUCCAUGCCAAGGGGUUAACGAGACAAGUGGAUGGUGAUGUUCGCCCAGUUGAGAAGCGGACUGUGACGACGGCUGGCGACGUGACAUAGUGAAGAAAGCUGAGACCUGAGUGAUGAUGAGAAGUGAACUUGACUUGGCAAAAUGAACACAUCUGGAGUAUUGACGAAGUAGGCAGUAAAGGAUAAGAACCUGGUGUGUUUAUUCUGAUCAUGGUACAUUUAUCACUGAAUUAAGCCAUCAGGGAAAAAAACAAAACAAAAAAAGAACACCUCCAACUUUUCUUUUUCUGUAUAUACUCAUGUCUCCAAAUUCUAACAUUUCUCACUGAAGGGGGACAUGUAUGCAAACCUCCUUCUUCUCCUCCAUUAAUGAUGAUCUCCAGAUUAAACCCUUUGGUGCUAGGAGCUGCCAUUUUCCAAAGCAGCCUAUGACGUCCAGGAGGCGGGGGGCCCUUCUUGCAGCAAGCAGGAGGCCGCCCGACUCCACGGAGGGAUCAUGGAAAUGCGUUUUAGUUACACUCUCUGACAGCUCCCAAACGGAAGACUACAGCAUGAUGUAGUGUUGUGACUGCAUUGUAUGAAAGAGCAAGUGACUUUCUCAUAGGAUGAAUCAUAUUCAUACGCAGAUGUCUUAGCCUCUUGACGCUGGAAGUGUGGAUUUAUAGACAUGAAACCACUGCUGGCGGUGGGUGGACCACUGGGACUGAUGGGGGUUAAAGGGCAUUUUACUAAGGCAGCUAAGACAUAUUCAGACAUAGAUUUUAUCCUAAUUUUUCAUACUUCUACCUGAGUGAAGUUCAUCCUUAGUACUGAGUAGGGAGUUACAGUAAUGGUAGUUCAUUCUUACUUACACAUACAGCUCAACUGUUUUUUUCACUUGGAUUAUGUUGAAUGUUUCACUUUGACAAGAAAGUAGACUGGAAGGUAUGUUCUGUAAGUUGUCUUGCAUCCAUUGGAUAAGAGCGAGCCAGGUGAGAGAGAGAGAAGAAGGCUAAGACUGGCUGAUGCUCAGAGCAUUCACUCCUUAGAGGGGACGCGUGACACCGCACACUAAGCACAUCGAUAGCUUUUUGUUUCCCCCCAAAUGUUAAGGUGAUUUCUGUGACCUUGGCCAAGGAAACUUCCUAAAGAUUCAUGACGGCGUUGACAGGGCCCCAGGCUGCCGCUCCUCACGGCUGGCUUGCCGGCCCAGCCAGUGCCAGGGCUCACCACUGGUCGCCCCGGACUCCGGCAGUGUCAGGCACGGUGUUUUCUUGGCUUCGAUUUUGAGAAUCCCUUAUUUUCAGUCCCAGAUCUCAAUCAGCUGACGUGGAGAAUAAUAGAACAACAGAAAUAUAUGUAGAAGGAGAUUUCUAAAACUUCCUGUGUCUGCCCAUAGCUGUAGUUUGGAUUCUGGCAGAUGGAAAGGCCUGAAACCUGGAAUCAUUCUAGCAGAAUCCGGUUCAGACUGCGUGGACUCCAUCUUGUGCUCACUUUCAUGAAGUUUGCCCUCUUGUCAUAAUGCAGCCACCUUGGAGGAAACUGGCCAUUUCUGCUUGGAUUUUUGGCAGGGUUGCUCACAGCUUCGCUUUCCACACUAAUUACAUGGCAUUAUUCCAGUAUUGUUUUCCAUGUCCCAUACCUGAUUUCUGGCUUCUCAGAGCUGACUGUUCUUGUGGGGCCACUUGCUUCUCCUAGAGUACAAAGGUAAGGGCCUUCCUUACUGACUGCAGGGCCUAUAUAUUACACCUCAGUGUACACACUUUGCUGCUACUGUUUGUACUGUCCACAGUAGAACUUCCUUAUCUUGCUCCUGGUAGUGCAUUACAGGCAAGCAUGAAAUGUAAAGUAUUUAUUUAAAUAAAAAGAAAACCUCUAAAUUGGUAAUUGAAUUACCUCCCUGUAGCUUUAUAGUUUGUGACAUCUCUUGACCUUGCUAGUUCUUUCAUUAGAUCCGCGCAAGAUCCAGUCAUCUGGUUAAGGAUUUUCAGCAGACGCAACUAUGAACCCAAGAAACUGUAUUACUAUUACUGUUGGUCAUACUAAAACUGUUUAUUUCCUUACGUAUAUGACCUACAAGGAUGUGAAAUAACUACAAGAAACUGUUUUGUACACUGUACAUCCUUAGUAUUUUUACACGUAUAUGGUAGGGAUGCAUAUUAUUUUCCUUCGUACAGACAGCCUAAAUAAAGCACUAUGUCAAUCUGCUA